CCAUGCUGCAGCACCAACAACACAGGAAGAGAUGUGUUUGAUCAGCAGAUAAGAAGUAUUGAUCAGGAAUAGCUAUGCGUCAGUGGAUUUGAGGAGUGCGCGAGUCAUGGACGCUUCCCUGUCUUUGCUGUGGCAGUAUGUGUUCUCGCCCGCAAACAUUGUGGGUUUGAUUGCAUUCGUGCUUGUUUUCUGUGCGCUGCGACAGUAUGCGUGGCAUCAGACAUACGCCAACAUCCCUCCGGGUCCAAAGCCAUGGCCUGUCGUGGGAAACUUCGGCGGUUUCCUUGUGCCUUCGUUUAUUUUAAGACGACUUGCAAAGAAUCGAAAGAUGGCCUCGAACCCGCUGUCACCUCAGGCUGGACUCACGGAGAUGUCCAAACUCUAUGGGAACAUAUUCAGCAUUUUUGUUGGGCCUCAGCUCAUGGUCGUGCUGAUGGGAUAUGACACUGUCCGGGACGCGAUGGUUAACCAUCCGGAGGUCUUCUCUGACAGACCUCAUAUACCUCUCGUAACGAUUAUCACCAAGAGGAAAGGGAUUGUGUUUGCACCGUAUGGCCCCCUGUGGCGCACAAACCGUAAGUUCUGUCACAGCACUCUGCGCAGCUUUGGCUUUGGCAAGUUGAGUCUGGAGCCGUGCAUCCAUGAAGGCCUGACCAUGAUUAAAACAGAACUGCAGAGCCUCAUCGAAAAAGCAGGGCCUUCUGGUAUCGAUCUGACUCCCCUCAUCAGCAACGCUGUCUCCAAUGUCAUCUCCUCCAUGAGUCUGGGUCAGCGUUUCCAUCACCAGGACCAGGAGUUCCGCACCAUGCUGGACCUCAUGUCUCACGGGCUGGAGAUUAGCGUCAACACAUCCAUUUUGCUGGUCAAUGUCUUUCCCUGGUUAUACUACCUGCCCUGCGGUGUUUUCAAAGAGCUGCGGCGCGCAGAGAUCGACAUCACAGCCUUCCUGAAGAAGAUCAUCGCGAGGCACAGGGCCACGCUGGAUCCGGAGAAUCCCAGGGAUUUCAUAGACAUGUAUCUGGUGGAGAUGCUGGCCCAGCAAAAGAGUGAGAAUUCAGAGCAGAGCUUGUUCUCAGAGGACGACCUCUUCUAUAUCAUUGGAGACCUGUUUAUUGCAGGCACUGAUACUACCACAAACAGCUGUUUGUGGAGUAUUCUCUAUAUGUCCUUGUAUCCUGAUGUGCAAGAGAAGGUUCAGCAGGAGAUUGAUGCGGUGGUGGGAUCUGAGAGGGUCCCGUCUCUGACUGAUAAGGGCAGUUUGCCGUACACAGAAGCCACCAUUAUGGAGGUGCUGAGGAUGACUGUAGUGGUCCCUCUGUCUAUACCCCACAUGGCCUCGGAAAACACAGAGUUCCGAGGAUACACUAUUCCUAAAGGAACAGUUAUCAUCCCAAACCUCUGGUCAGUACACAGGGAUCCCACCGUGUGGGAAAAUCCUGAUGACUUCAAUCCAGGCAGAUUUCUGGAUGAACAGGGAAAACUUCUCAGGAAAGAUUGUUUUAUUCCAUUUGGAAUAGGUCGCAGGGUGUGCAUGGGAGAGCAGCUGGCUAAGAUGGAGCUGUUUCUGAUGUUUACCAGCCUGAUGCAGGCCUUCACGUUCAGGCUUCCUGAGGGAAAAUCUGCUCCAUCCAUGCACGGACGCUUCGGUCUGACUCUGGCUCCAUGCCCAUUUACUGUCUGUGUGAACGCACGCUGAACAGCCUUUAAACAAAGGGGCAUACCUCAAACAAU